UCACUAUGAUAUACGGGCUACCUAGUCUGGAGGAAGUAAGCAUGUGGCGUUUGAAGGAAAACGUGGACGGAGCUACUUUCGGUGAGGCUGUGAACAUGAAACGCCUGAGAUCUUUAAGUAUCAGUAUGUCCAAUCUUAAUGGCUUCAUCGCACAUGAUAUGUUCCAUCGAUGGUUUUCGGGCUUGACAAGUUUCCAUGUUAUGGUUAACAAUAUUACACCUUACCUGCCUUUCUCUGAUAAGCAGAUAAGCAUUUGUGAAUGUUACAAAUUCCCCUGCGGGAUUGAGGGGUUGACAAAACAUGCAGUCUCUUUAUACUUGUGUGGAAGCAAAGGUUUAACAAGUCUUUCUAAGUUCCAAGGCGAUUUAAAGAGCUUAAGACAUCUUCGAGACAUUGAUUGCAGUGGAGUGGAAUGCAUUAUAGACUGGAGAGAGGUUGGAGAUGAUGCAUUCCAAUGUUUACAGAGUUUGGAACUCCUUGAUUUACCAAACUUGGAGAAGGUAUUCGAUGGUGGAGCGCCUCCUCCGCUGAACACAAGCCUGCAAAACCUCAGAAUAAUACGGGUUUUUAAUUGUGAAAAGUUAAGUAGUCUCUUCUCUUCUAGUAUGGUAGAGCAACUACAUCAGUUAGAGGAGCUUCCCAUUAGGGAAUGUUUCCAAAUGAAAGAGAUUAUAGGAGACAAGCUGCCCCAUAAUACAUUCCCAAAAUUACACUUCCUAAGAUUGGAUCGCUUACCAGAAUUAGAAAGCAUUUGUAGCCAGCUAUUUAUGUUUAUAUCUUUGGAAGAGAUGGAAGUAAUUUCUUGUCCAAAGUUGAAGAAGCUCCCCCUCUUCUGCUCAAGCAUCCAUCAAAUAAAAGGAAAAAUAGAAGGCGAGAGAGAAUGGUGGGAAGGAUUAGAGUGGGAAGACGAGAAGGCCAAGUCCCUCUGCACCAGAAUUUUCGAGGCUCGCUGAUUUGCAAAUGAAGAAGCUUCCUCUCUCCUUGAUGUACAAAAAAGGUGAUAUUUGCUGGAUAAUAUCGCGAGGAGAACAUGAAGCUCCAAAGUCUCCCGAGAUAUUCCUAUGUCGGGUAUGAAUUAUUGCCUUUACAAGCAAUCGUGGACGUGGAUUGCGUAGGGUCGCAAUCUCAGUGGUUUGAUGACAUGGCAAAGUUCUGUGAGAGUUAGCAUGAUAUAUGUAUUAUAUCCCCACUGUCCAUUUAUUUUUUGAGAUCCUUUUAGGGAAUGAACCAAAACAUCAGACAGAUCCAAAGAUUAAGUGAGACCGCCAAUUUCUUAGGGCCAAAGAAGUUUUCUAUCAAGCUGAUAUGUGUAUUUUCCAUUCAUCCAGGUCUGUGUGACCUUAUGAGAAGUUUUGGAUGGAAAAUUUAUAUCAUGGUGGACCCUAGGAAGAUUUCAACGGUAGAUAUCAUUGUCCUACUGCUUCUGUGGUGUGAUUCACUUGGGCUUUGGAUCUACCUCAUUUUUGUGCUCAUGCCCUAAAAUGAUCUCUAGAAAUAAAUAGACGGUGUGGAUGUAAUACAUACUUGGGUCCACAUAACAUUGCCACGUAACACGCCAGGGAGGUACCCAUUCAAUCUCCAGCAAUGGUAACCUCCGAACGUGUAGAAGCAUUUCUAUGAGCUCACUAUGUCUUCUAUAUAUAUUUUGAAGCACUUUUUGUUGUAUUAAUUACUGCUUUAGAAGGCUUUGUCACUCUCUGUUUCAUGUUAUUGCUAAGAAUGGGUUUUUUUUU